UUCGACUAAAACUGAGAGAAAGCAUAUCAUGAACUAUAGUUGGAUUACAAUCAUGUCUCUGUUGGUAAUUUGUAAGCUGGCUUCGGCGAAAGUAGUGUUGAUCGGGAAAAACACAAUUCUAUCCUUUGAUGAUGUCGAGGCAACUUUCACUCCAAUUGUUAGAAACUCGGGGGAAUGUGGAAUUUUGUACGUUGCAGAGCCUCUUGAGGCAUGCUCGGAUAUAACCAACAUGGCGGAAAAAAGAUCAAAGUAUAGGUCCUCUUAUGUAUUGAUCGUCCUUGGUGGCUGUAGUUUUGAGGAAAAGGUUAGAAAGGCGCAGAAAGCUGGAUACAAAGCUGCGAUUGUCUAUAACGAUGGAUAUGAUGAGCUCUUAGUACCUAUGGCAGGAAAUUCAUCUGGUGUGGAUAUACAUGGCUUGCUUGUUACAAGAGCAUCAGGGGAGGUGCUUAAAGGGUACGCGGAUCAAGACGAGAUGAAGCUUUGGCUCAUCCCGGGAUUCGGGAUUUCAUCUUGGUCCAUCAUGGGUAUUACAUUCAUAUCUUUACUCGCCAUGUCUGCUAUUCUAGCCACUUGUUUCGUUGUCCGUAGGCAUCAAAUUAGACAGAGUGUGAGGGAUUUACCACAUGGUGGCCAAGGACUUUCUUGUAUGCCAAGAGACUUGUUGCAAAGCAUGCCGACUGAAGUAUAUAGCGGUGUUCUUGAAGAAAGUUCAACUUCGGUUACUUGUGCUAUAUGUAUCGAUGAUUAUUGCGUUGGUGAAAAACUCCGAAUCCUACCUUGCAAACACAAAUAUCAUGCGGUGUGUAUCGAUUCUUGGCUCGGACGUUGUAGAUCCUUUUGUCCGGUUUGUAAACAAAAUCCAAGAACAGGAAAUGAUGUUCCACCAGCAUCAGAAACAACACCUCUGAUUUCUCCUAGCCCGAACUCUAUUACUUCACUACAAUCGUUUUAUGAUCUACCAAUAGUUGUCAGAGUAUAUCUGUAAGUACCUCAUUAUAUGUCAGGAACGCAUUUGCCCAAAGAUAUGCAAUUAGAGAGCCAAAAGGAUUUAUAAAUAAAA